GGGCAACCGCCGCCGCCUCUGCCCUGCGGCCUGGUCGCUCGCUCGCUCGCUCGCUUCCCCCGCGCCGGCCUGAAGUUAAAGUUAGAAUUAAAUUGGCCGAGUGUUGGCUGUCCUUCGCUUCCCGUGCUUGCGGUCAUGAAGCAUAUUUCCACAAAACCAGACACCACAGUGCUUGUUGCUGUGGCUUUGCAAGAUCACAUUAUGAGGAAUCUGCAGCUCCAAAAUCUUUCAUUGUCUCAUACUUCUACAACAAACGCCCCGACUAAAAUGAAUUGUUACAGAAACGCCGCAAAGCCUGUCGUGGAUACAGGAAGAAAAAGAAAUGAAAAAAAGAAAAUAAAGCAAAAAGAGGAAAAAGAGUACGUUCUGGAUCCAAAACCUUUGAGCCUUACUUUAGCUCAGAAAAUGGGUUUGGUCGAGGCACCUAACGCAGCUUUGACAGCAAGUGAGUGGCAACUAGUGAAGAAGAGAUCACUGCAACAGGGAGAUUCAGCACAGCCUUGCGCCAUAUGCAGAGAAGAAUUUGGGAUGAAACAACAAGUUCUACUGUCUUGCUCACAUGUUUUUCACAGGAUUUGUUUGCAAGCCUUUGAAAAGUUCUCUGGGAGAAAGAGUUGUCCCAUGUGUAGGAAGGAACAAUACCAAACCAGAGUAAUCCACGAUGGCGCUCGUCUCUUCAGGAUGAAAUGUGCUAUAAGAAUUCAGAGUCACUGGCGGGGAUAUGUUGUUCGCAAAUGGUACAAGCAACUGAGGCGGACGGUACCUCCAAAAGACAAGAGACUACGCCAGAGAUUCUAUGAAGACAAGUUGCAAGAGAUUAACGACAGGUUAGUGAGAUCGUGCAACAUAAAUAUUGAUGAACUUUUUUCUGAAAUUGACCACUCGGUAGCUCUAAGCAGAAGAGUGCUGCAGCAAUUUGCGAGGCAACGUGUUCACAUUAUAUCUGAAGAGGAAUGGGAGCAAAUACAGCUGAAGGCAAUCCAGAGAGAGGUUUUUGAUUGUCCAAUUUGUAUCACUCCAUUGGAUCACUUAAGCAGCAGAACAUGCCAAGCUGAAGGGCAUGGCGGACGAGAGCAAAGUCGUUUGCUUGUGCGACAAACAGUGCUGCUGUCCUGCUCACACACCUUCCACUACACUUGCCUGAAGGCCUUCGAGGACUUCACAGAGGGAGAGGAUCACAUUUGCCCAUUAUGCAGGUCAACUUAUGAAAAAAAGAUUUUGAGUAUUAAACUGUAAAUCUCCAUUCUGUUCUUACAAAAUAAAACUGUUUCCUGUCAUGCAGACAA